ACGCCGACUUGCCUGCUCGCCGCGCGGAGGAGAAAGUAGAGCCAGCAGAGCCUCCUGCUUCCACACUCAUCUCUGAGAAGCUGCUGGGGAAACACUGUUCCAGUCCAAGCCCCGCAUCACACAGGGAGCACUGGAACCUGCAGAAUGGGGACAGCUUGCAUCAAAGUCACCAAAUACUUCCUCUUCCUCUUCAACUUGCUCUUCUUCAUCCUGGGUGCUGUGAUCCUGGGCUUCGGGGUGUGGAUCCUGGCGGACAGGACCAAUUUCAUCUCUGUCCUGCAAAAUUCCUCCAGCACCAUGCAGGUGGGGGCCUACAUCUUCCUGGGCGUGGGCGCCCUCACCAUGGUCAUGGGCUUCCUGGGCUGCAUUGGCGCUGUCAACGAGGUCCGCUGCCUGCUGGGCCUGUAUUUCACCUUCCUCCUGCUGAUCCUCAUAGCCCAGGUGACCACAGGGACCCUCAUCUACUUCAACUCGGGCAAGCUGAAGCAGGAGGCGAGCAACGUGGUGAUAGAUCUCAUCCAGAAGUAUGACUCCAACAGCACCGACAGCCUGCAGGAGGCCUGGGACUACGUGCAGGCCCAGGUGAAAUGCUGCGGCUGGGUCAGCGCCUACAACUGGACAGAGAAUGAGGAGCUCAUGAAUCAAUCAGGGAUCACCUACCCCUGCUCCUGUGAGGACACGCCGGGGGACAAGGACCUCUCAGUGAGGAAGGGCUUCUGCCAUCUCCAGGGCAACAGCACACAGAGCAGCAAUGACCCCGACCAGUGGCCUGUGUACAGCACGGGCUGCAUGAAGAAGGUGCAGGAAUGGCUGCAGGAGAACCUUGGCGUCAUCCUGGGCGUGUGCGUAGGCAUCGCGGUCAUUGAGCUCCUCGGAAUGUUCCUUUCCAUCUGCUUAUGCCGAGGCAUCCACUCGGAAGACUACAGCAAGGUCCCCAAGUACUGAGGCUGCUCUCCUACGUCCCCACCUCCCACCCCGACCUCCCAGGGGGGUCCCCGCCCCCCCCAGGCCCAUCUCCCACCUCACUGCCAAGGCUCCCUGCCUGUCCUGGGCUGGCUGGAUGUGGGGGUAGCUUUCUGUGGCCUGGACCCUUCUCCCCUGCUGCCAACCACGAGCCCUGGUGGUUCUGUGGCCCCUGUGCUGUCUGCCCGCUAAGGCUCUCUUAGCAACGAGAACGGCUCCCUGUGGUGUCUCUGCCCCUGCCCGGGACGCCAUGCGGAGGGAAGCGGAAGAUGUAUUGAAAAUGGGUGGAGGCUCAGAUAAGCCCCUGGGACUGUAGGAGUGGGGGGCUGCCCACUGGGUGGGUCAACUUAUGCCUACCAUAAUGCUUCUACCUUUUGUCUUCUCACGUUUUUAUGGAAGGUAGCGGAGAGGGUGGACUGCAUCCCUUUCCAGGGCCCGAGGCAGCCCCUCCAGGCUCCGCGGGGGCCACACUGUGGGAAGGACCUAGCGAGUGCCACAUGGGCAGAGGGACACUGGUCCCUCAGGGCAUGGCACAGAGCUGGCCCUGCAUCCUCCAGGAUUCUGAGCUGUUCAGGGACUGGGGAGAAGAAAGUGGACUGGCCAUUCACAGCAACUGUCCCCCGUCUCUCGGGCUGUGGGUGGCGGGUGAGGCUGUGUCACAUAGCGGGCGGAGAGCGCCUCAGCUCUGUAUGCACCCUCGCCAUUGGAAGGCUAUUAAAAAAGUUUGUAACAAUCA